UUGAAGAGCGACGUCGAGGCCUCGGAAUCUUAUCCGAGUGUGGGGCGCCUGCUGUGGGCCGCUGGGUUUACGCAUAAGCUCAGUGGCCUCCCCUACGGACCGCAGUGAUGGUCGCGCCGGCAGGGCGCGCGCAACUUAAAGCCGGGUCCAAGGACCUGGGUGAAGGAGGCUGCGGAGGGUCCCUUGCGGGCUAGGGUCGGCGAUGGAAGCAGAGCAGGCUGAGGUGCGCGCCUUGCAGGCGGAGAUCGCAGCGCUGCAGCAGACCUGCCUGCAGCUGCCGGGGCCCUGGGAACAUGCGUCCCGAAUCCGACAAUCGCUUCAGGAGAUACACCAGUCAGAUUCGGCAGGACAGGAAUCUUCGAAAGACCCAAGAAAUCAGCUGAGACAUUUAGAAUCAGAACUUUCGUUUCUGAGCAUGCUUACUGGCUUCACUAUAACGGAUUACUCGAAGAAGACCGAGGAUCUGACUACUGCUGAGAUGACAGACGAAGGUGUAAAGAAAGUUCUUCAGAGACACAGGAUAUCAGGAAAUUGCCACAUAAUUACAUUUCAACUUGAAUUUCAGAUUGUGGAAACUCAGAGUAAGGAGAAUAUUUCUUCUGUGAUUACUGACCUUGGCAUAGUAAUGGAGCCCACCGAAUACUCAGAACUAAGUGAAUUUGUGUCUAGAGCAGAAGAAAGAAGAGAUUUAUUCAUGUUUUUCCGAGGCCUACAUUUUUUUGUGAAGUGGUGUGAAUAUCGUAAGCGCACAUUUACACAUUUCAAGGACAAGUACCCAGAUGUGGUGCACCUCCCGGAGGGGCCCUACUCCCACUGCAUGGGGAUCCGCGGUGCCAGCUGCCCGGAGUUCGAGCUGGUGAUCGUGUGGAGGAUCCACGUGGACAUGGAGGGGAAGGUCCUCCCACAGCUAGAUCUUCUCCCCGGGGUCCCUCGGCAAGCCCUGCAACUGGACAGGCACGGAGUAGUGGACACAGCUCCCCAGGGCUUCCGUAGCCUGCUGGGUGUGCUGGGGAUCGAGGGCACCCUGGAGAGCCUGAUCGGAUCGAUGCAGUGAGCGAAUAGCCCCGGGGCGGACCGAGGAGCAGGCCCUGCACCCACACGCACAGUGAGCUGAGCUGAGCUCUUCCCCUCCAAGGCCACCUGUGCAGUGUCAGCACCUUAGACCCCUCCCUUGUGACGCAGAAGACACAGCUGUUUAAUAAAAUGUCAGCCACCACA